GAGCAGGACGGAGGUGGAGGCCGCGCGCGGGCCGACGCGGGGCGGCGGCGGCGCGCGUCUGCGUCGGGCAUCGGCGGCGGCCGGUUCUACUCCUCCUCCCGGCCUCCGCUGCCGGCCACCACCUCCUCCGGGAUCCGCUCCUCGCGCGAAGGCCAUGCCGCGCCGCUGCUUUAGAUCCGCCGCCCUCUCCUCCUCCCUCCACCUCCGCGCCGCUGGCUGGCUGGUCCGCGCUGGAGGUUGGGCAUGGCGCAAGCGCGCGCGGGUCCCACGCCACGUCUGCACCGUGGCGGAUCCGCGGGCUCCGCUGACCGGGUACCGGACGGCGUCCAGUACAAAGUGCGGACAGCCUUAGAGGUAAGCUUCACAACGUAUCACUUGAUAUAUUUUGGCAAAAUAGGCAAUCUCGUCCUUGAACUUUUACUCUAGGAUCAAGUUCAUCCAUGUACUUUUGAGAAUGCCAAUUUUAGAUGUGUUUGGAUAAGUUGGACAUCUACGUAGAUAUCUAGCUCAGAUGGAGGAUGAAAUUGAUCCCGAAAACAGAGUUCGAGAAAUAGAUUGGUUUUCUCAAAAGUACAAGGAUGAAUGUGACCUUCGAGCAAAAGUUCAAGGACGAGGUUAACUCUUAUAUCAUAUAUUUUCAUCCCACAACAUCAUGAUCAUCUGGGCUGGGUACAUCACUUGAUAUAUUAAGCUGACAUUGGUCUUAAUAGGAGUUUUAUGAUAAAUAUCAUCAAUUUUACUGACAUGAUAAGGAGAGAAAGAUGGAGUUUCAUGGGAUGAGGAGAGUUUCAUCACCAUGAAAUCCAUCUAGCACAAUUAUCUUUGUGCUAUAAAUCUGUACACUGAGAGUAUGAGACUUUAAGAUAAAAGUAUUGCUGAGCCGAUGCAUGGAAUGAAAAGUCAGCUGAAAAUUCGCGUGCGCCGAUGCAUGGAACGAAAAGUUGGCUGAAAAUUUGCGUGCGGCGACUUCGUAACAUAAGCUUGUGUGGAGUCCGUAAACUGAACCCCCGACGCGACCAAAGCCGCAAGCUAACAACGCGGUGAUCCCAUGGCAGUUUCGCCACUCCAGAAACCAGAAUUUGAGCCCCUACCCCAAAACAAAAAACCCAGAAAUCGUAGCGAAACGAUCCGAAUCUGCGGAUGUUAGCAGGCCGGCAGAUGCACAAGAGCCCAGCCCGAGAAGGAGGAAGCCCAACUGGCGUGUUACCGGCCCAGAGUGGGUCAAGUGAUUGUAGCUCAUAUAUACUGGAGAGAGAGGAGAGGAGAGGACAUCUUGUAUCGUGAACAUUACUCCUACCCCCGGAAAUUAAUCUGUCCUCCUCCUACCUCGCGUCUGCUAGCCUCUCCCCCAAUUCCUUUCUUCUCCCUCAAGUCCGAUCCGAUUCCCCGCCGGGUGCUCACAUCUGGUAUCAGAGACUCGAUCCUGCGCCCGAUCUGGAUUCCCACCCCCACUAUACCCGUCUCCAGAAAUUCCUCGGAGCCAUGGAUCCCAAUUCGAAGCUCCUCCUCGACUAGAUGAAGAAGCUGGGCGACCGAUUCGCCUUGGUGGAGUCGCGCGUCGACAGUCUGGACGGAUCUCUGGGCGACCGCUUCAAGUUGGUGGAGCAGUCGACCACCGCUCUCGUGGCGUGGCAACCCGGCAUCGACUCCGCCGUCGCCGACCUCUCCUCCAAAAUCGCCGCCGUCGACGACAUCUCCGACAGGCUGGUCUCCCUCUCCUCCAAGCUGGAUCGAGUGGUCCUCGAACGACUUCCAGCCGGUUCGGGCAUCCUGCCGAACCCCGUGGCGGCUGCGGCAACAACACCUGCCGGCAACCCGGCUGUCGGCCCCGAUGGGCACCGCAUCGACCAUCAGUACCGGGAGCCUGGGUUUGGGUCGAUCACGACCAUCUCCCACCUCCCGGUCAAGGGUACGUCUUACUCCCGUCCUCCACCACUCGAACCACCUCCCCGUGCUCCGCCUCAUGAGUUUAAUUCCCAUUCCCCUGAGCCUCGUCAGUUUAGCAGUUAUCGCCUUCCGAGUUCCUCUGGUCCCUCCAUGUACACCACCUCUAGCAAAUUACCCAAAGUUCCUUUUCCCAAGUUUGUUGGUGAGAACCCCAAGCUUUGGCAGACUAGAUCUGAGCGCUAUUUUGACAUGCAUGGGAUAGAUAAAUCACUUUGGGUUCCUGUCUCCACCAUGUAUUUUGAUGAUGCGGCCGCACGUUGGUUGCAGUCGGUUGACAGUAAAGUUUCAUCUAUUGGUUGGGAGGAUUUCUGUCUACUUGUUCAUGACCGCUUUGGCCGUGACCAGCAGGAAUUGCUGAUUCGCCAACUUUUUCACAUUAGGCAGACUAGCACAGUCUCCGACUAUGUUCAGCGUUUUUCUGAACUUGUCGACCAAUUAUCAGCUUACACUGCUUCCACAGACCCUCGCUAUUACACAUUACGCUUCAUAGAUGGUCUCCGAGAAGACAUUCGUUCUGUCGUUCUUGUUCAGCGGCCAAACGACCUCGAUACUGCUUGUGUGUUGGCUGAAUUGCAGGAGGAGGUGGGUGAUCAAUCUCGGCGUCGGGAGUACAAACGGCCGGAGCUGCCGUUUAUGUCCAAGCCGCAGGCCAGAGCUCCGCUGCCUCUACCUCCGCCACCUCCCCGUACGGCGCCGUCUUCUCCAGCACAAGCAUCCGACCGCAGGAGCGUGGAUGCGGCCCGUGCCUUGUCGUCUCCUGAAGCUAAGGCAGCGGCGCUCCGUACUCAGCGUCGCGCCAUGGGCCUUUGUUACAAGUGUGGCGAGAAGUGGAGCCGUGAUCAUACAUGCUCUGCCACGGUUCAACUCCAUGUCGUUCAGGAAUUGUGGGAGCUGUUUCAACUGGAGGAUGAGGCCCCGGAGUAUCAUGUAUCGAGUCCAGAUGCUGCAGAGGAACUGUUUCUGGCAAUUUCGAAGGCCGCUAUUCAUGGUGCUGAUGCUCCUCGCACAGUUAAGUUCUCUGGAUCAAUUCAACAUAUUCCCGUCACUCUGUUAGUCGAUUCUGGCAGUUCUUCUUCAUUUCUGAGCACUCAGUUAGCUGCCAAGUUGUCGGGUCUCUGUCCUCUUCAGAAACCGAUUUCUGUGCAAGUUGCGGGUGGGGGAAAGUUGUCUUGCGAUUGGUUUUUGCCCCAGGCUCUGUGGUUUAUUGGAGAUUUGUCAUUUCACUCUGAUUUGAAGGUGCUUCCUCUCACAGCUUAUGAUAUGAUUAUUGGUAUGGAUUGGCUUGAGAAGUUUAGUCCGAUGACAGUUCAUUGGCAGCAAAAAUGGUUACGGAUUCCUUAUGGGGACCAGCAAGUAGUGCUGCAGGGAGUACAGUCUGAUUUUCCAGAACAAGUUGUGGUUCAGCUGUGUCCGUUGACUCCUGGUGGCGAUUUGCACUCUGAUGUUUCCUUAUUGCCUCGUGAAGUCCAGGAUCUCAUUGAUCAGUAUGCCACUAUUUUUGAGAAGCCAAGCCAGUUACCUCCGUCUCGUGCCUGUGACCACGAGAUACCACUGAUUCCAGGUGCAAAUCCAGUGAAUAUCAGGACCUACCGCUACCCACCUGCUCUUCGUGAUGAAAUAGAGAAAAAGUUGCAGAUAUGCUUCAACAAGGGUUGAUCCAUCCGUGUGGGUGUCCCGGCGAGCCGUAAAGAUCACGCGGACGGCGGACCCCAGCCGGGAUAUGCCGUGCCCCUGCAGACACCACACGUCGUGUGGCGUCCACAUGCGGCCGGCCGCGGCGGCGCCCCGCCCACGCUUCCG